AUGGGGCCCUUUUCUCGGUUUCGUUGUGUGUGUGCGAUCAUGCUGGGGAAGGAAUCUGUGGCGGAAGGCGGAGCCUUUCCCCCGCCACUCGUUUCAUUUGCUCGCGGCCCUAAGGAAGCGUUGAUACCGAAAAAGGGCGGCCGUUGCGAGGCGGAUGACUUCCGCGGAGAGGCGUCGACAACAAGCACGGUGAAUGGCUCACACAUACCGUAG